UGGCCCGUAGGAGGCUGCCCGGCGGGGAUGUCCUGAAGGAGAGGUAGGCGCGGGGGCUGCCGGGCAGCGAGUGGCGGCGGUGCGGGCGUUGGGGGCGGCUCCCGGGUCCUACCCCCUUACCCCGCACCUCUGCCUCCCCCCCGCUCCGUGAGUCCCUCCGGCUCCGUGAGUCCCUCCGGCUCCAUGAGUCCCGCCGGAGCUGGCGAGCUCCUGUGAGGCGCGGCGGGCGGCGCUGCGCGGGGGGAGAGGAGCCGUGUCUCCCCCCGAGCGGGCCCAGCGGCGGCAGGUGAAAAAUCCUAGACAUGAACAGCGAUGCACCACACCUGUCCUCAAAGCUGACUUGGCUGGAAGUGGAAUGUGGUUUUCUGACAGAUCUCCUUACAAGGAAGUUGUAAAUCCUUUGUAAUGGCCAACAAGAAAGAGCCUCCUUUUUUCAACGAAGAUAAUAUGGGACCAUUUCACUACAAGCUUCCUUUUUAUGAAACUAUGGAGCUCUUCAUUGAAACACUUACAGGAACAUGCUUCGAACUGCGAGUUUCCCCUUUUGAAACGGUUAUUUCUGUGAAAGCUAAAAUUCAAAGACUGGAAGGUAUUCCUGUCUCUCAGCAGCACUUAAUUUGGAAUAAUACAGAACUGAGGGAUGACUAUUGUUUGAAUGAUUAUAGCAUUUCGGAAGGCUGCACUCUGAAAUUAGUUCUGGCUAUGCGAGGUGGACCUAUUAACACUAGAAGAGUUCCUGUGGAAGACCCUAUCAGGGAAAUGGCUGAGUAUAUGGAUCCCACUAGAGACGAGAUUUGGGAAAAAGGGCCAUCCAACAAACAAGUUACCUUCUUAGUAUAUCGAGAAGGAGAUCAGUUGAAUUUCUUCCGUGUGGUAGACCGGGGAGAUGGCACUUUAACACCAUUAUCUGAAUCUUUGGGCGGUGGUUCAGUUUAUAACUUAUAUGCUGAUGAUGAAGAUGAGACAGAGGCAUCACCUUCUGGCCAACAGAUUAUUGAGAAUUCAAUUACUAUGAAUAAAAUGAAACUGCUCAAGGCAAAGAUGGAGAACAUGAAUCUGAGUAAAAAGCCUAAGAAAACUGUCAAGGUGAAAUCUCGUCCUCCGAUGGCUCCUCGACCAUCUAGUGGCUCAGUGGCUGCUGCUCGUCACCGUUUUUUAAGAGUGCUCCCCCAUAUCGGACAGUCCUGCCUACCUCCUCCUGGGAAUUCAUAUCACUCAGAGUCUUCCCAAAACGCACUUUCAGCAUUGGCUACUUUGGCCACUGCUGGUAGAACGAUGCCAUCCACAGCUAAUGACUUUCUUAAGGAAGAUGACACCUGGCAGAGCAACUCCUGGUCACAGUCAAUUAGUAGCAUCAGGUUACCACCAAAAAUAUCUCGUGUCGAACUAGAAAAUGCAAAACUACCUACAAAUAGUAUUCUGACUCCUGUUUCAUCUCUGCCUGAAAAUUCAGAAAAAGCAUCUGAAAAUGCGACCUCAGCAAGUGAGGAGGAUGCUGUUUUGUUUCCGAGUCUAACAAAUGUAGAACUUUAUGGAACAGAAGAAAAACUUCUCACUGAAACAGAUGCUUUUACUUUGUUAACAGAAGAAAGUACCACUGAACAGUGUAGUGACAUAUAUGACAUAGGAAAGGCGAACCAAGAACUUGAACUGCCUGAUGCAGAUGAGGAAUCUAAAGUUGUAGAGCAGCAUAGAAAACCUAUUAGCAAAGUGCUGAGCACUACAGCAAUGGGGUCUGGUCUUCUCCGUACUCGUGAAUUAAGUCCUCAGAAAAAUCUGCUUUUGUCACCUCUUCGGUAUUCAGCACAAGCAGCACGUCACAGUUCUCUGAAACCACAAGCACAACCCAAAUGCUUUGAGGCUGGUAACUUGAGAUCUACAGCCUCCCCAAAUGUUCUUCGAUCAUUGGAAGUCCGCAGUUUAGCAGACUCCUCUUUUUCUAGGACUGCUAGAUUUUGUAGCAUGAAAGUAGACUCACUUGGCAAAAGACCUGAUGUAAUUUCUAAAGCAGAGGCUAGGGACCUCACAGAUGUGGCUAACAAGGCAUCCAGGGAACCUGUGAGUUCUGUAAGUAACCUAGGAUUUCUGGCUUCGCUGGCCCGAAGCACAAACAGGGAAAGUAUACAGAGUUCCUGUGGGACAGGCAGGUUUUGGACUUCUGGUAUUGCACUACCUACAAACCUGCAGCAUUGUCAGGAAGAAAGCUUUAGGAAAACUGCUCCUCCAAAUGAAGCUGCUGAAUAUAUUCUAUCUGCGCAUGGGCUUGGAAUGAAUGGAAGUAUUGCAGCUGUAGGGAGAAGAGUAGGUGAAGCAACCCAUCUUCCACCUGUGAAUGGCUCAAUUCAAGCAAAAAAGAAAAUUACAAAGCAUUGCUUUCUGUGUGGCAAGAAAACUGGAUUGGCAACCACCUAUGAGUGCAGAUGUGGAAACAACUUCUGUGCAACACACCGCUAUGCAGAGACUCACACCUGCACCUACGACUAUAAGAGUGCAGGGCGAAGGUAUUUGCAGGAGACCAAUCCCGUCGUUAGUGCACCAAAGCUUCCCAAAAUAUAACAUAGUUGUGCUGCAUGUGGCCAUUCUGCCAUUGAAGAAUUGUAUUACAUUGAGAGAAGCACUUGCUUAAACUGCAUAAUUUUGCCAUGCUCCAUAUUUAAAGAUUUGCCAAGUAACAAAAGCACAUGAGGAUGCAUCCUAUCGAAGAAUAAUGUGAACACUACUGCAGUUAAAACUUUUCUUCCUUAUUGAAUGAAAAGUUAAAGAUUAGUUUUUAAAAACUUACACUAUGUUACUGCACGUCUUGUGUUGUGUUUUAUAUUUGGAAAAGCUAUUUCACUAGACAAGUCUUUAAAAGAUGCACUUUACUAACUUUAUUUACUGUAUAACCAGACUUUGAGGGGGUGUUGUAAUGAGGGUGUCAUGUAAUGUCUUCUGUACUCUUGCGUUUUUUGUCCAUUGCGUGGUAUCUUCUAAGUUAUUUCACUAGAAAGAUUCUCCUCCCUCCCCUUUCUUGAAAUGGCCUAUUUUGAGAUUUUUAAGGGGGUAGUGUGUUCUGCCCCUCUGUUUCAUUCAGGUUGGUAUUCAUACACUGUGUAUCCAUUCUGAAAACUACAUAUCAUAUUAAUCACGUUUUCUUAAAAUAAUACUGUUUAUAUGACAAGUUUGUUUUUAAAUAGAAAAUUCCCCCUUUGUUGCCAUUAAAUAUAAGGAACAAUUUAUUUUAACUUCUUUUGUAAUCCUAGAUUUUUUUAAAGACUUCACAACUUGGUUUGUUAGGAUGUUGAAUGCUGUUACUGGAAGAAAUUCUAAUAAAUAUUAAAUUUUAUUCUGGUUUUUGCUCUUACAAAUGCACAAAAUAACUUUUCCUAUCUUACAGCAUGCUCCUAAAUUAAAAGUUGGGCUUUGUAAUGGGCAGGGUGGAUUUUAUAUUUUUCUUUUUUAGAAGCACUGGCUCAUACCUGUUCCUACUGAAAGUCAGUGGGAAAAUUCCCACCGACUUCAUUAGGAAUAAUGUGACCAACAGUGUGUGCUUUAAACCUGAAGUCUUACAGAUGUUCUAGCAAAGGCAAAAAUGGGUGUUCAACAAAUAGCAUAUACUAACCUGCAGCCUUUCUCCUGGACUGAGGCAAUUCAGUAAUUGUGUGACACCCCUCUAAUGAGUAUCCAGCUACUGCAGAAAGUGAUGUUGGAGGAAUAUACCUACUGAAAGCCUUUCCUCUUUCAUUCCCUUAAUGUGUCUGAAAUAUUUUUGUAAUCUUAUAUUACUCGAGGUGUUCUAGUAUAAAUAGAUUAAUUAAAAACCCACAACAAACCACCAAACCAAAAGAAAUCCCUCCUUAUCGCAUCUAGACAGUUGAAUGUCAUGGUCCUUUUUUUGCCAGAGUCCUCAGCUACUUAGUUGGUUGUGGUAUUAAAAUGAUCUGUGCUACAUUCCAGUUGAACAGUAGCAGCUCAAGAGCAUGGCAAUCAAAAGUUGAGCCAAAAAAAAAUCAAGAGGAUUGCUAGAAGUGAGAGAAGUAACUUGAAGAAUUCUCAUCCUUGGAGGAAGUACAUUUCAUGCAGUCCAUGUGCAGAUUAAACCUUCUGGAGUUUUCACAGAGUAAUGACCUUGGGAAAAAAUUUCAAAAUCAUUCUUUUGGGCAGUGAUAAGGAAAAAAGGUAGUUGUGUGUGUGUGUGUGUGACCUCUAGGCUUAUUCUUGCUGGACAGAGUUGCACCUAGUAUGAAGAACAUGUUGUUAUGAGCUAGGUACUGUGAACAUGCCUAUAGUUUUUAUUUCAUCUCUACCAAGGGACAAUAUUUGAUGCUGAAGGAAGAGAGUAAGGAACAGGGCAAAUGUACUGGUGUUUUCCCAACAAUUCCUUACUGGCGGCUCAGCAGCUCUCUUAAAACAGAGGUAUUGGUCUUUUUGUAAUUGCAGUAUCUAGUUGGUAAGAAUUAGAAUUAAAAUAAUAUUGACUGUCAUCACUUAAUUUGAUUUUGCAUAAGUAUAAUUGUCAGGAAAUUAUUUUGCAGUGCAUUAGAAUGGCCAUACACUGAUUUUAGGAAGACUACAUAGCUUGAGUUGUGUGGCAAGAAGUCUCCGAGUCAGAUCUCAGUUUUGACCCUCCCUUAUUGCAUACACAUACUGAAGUGUACAACAGUACUUUUCAGAAAAUGCAAUGUAGUAAUAAUCUUAAUUUCUACACGUGUAGCUUCUCAUAAUUUUUAUUAUACCUCAUUUUGAUUACACCAUGUGUAGCUUCUCAUAAUUUUUGUUAUACCUCAUUUUGAUUACACCUAAUACAGACAUUUCUUGUGCAGAACUCUUCUGGUUUUGUUCUCAUUUCCAAUACUGUGGCACUCUUAAUUUCAGCCAGUAGUACAGCCCUAAAAGCACUUAAAUUUGUAAUUUAUUGUUUUAGUUGCUAAUCUAUAUACAAAUAUAAACAAAUAUACAAAUAUAUAUAGGGCUAUAUAUAGAGGGUUUUACCAAAUCCUGUGUUACACUGUGCUAUGGAUUAAUUACUGUUUACUGUGUAAACUUAACUUAAAUGGUUUGGUUUUCUGAAUAUUAGUGCACUGUGGUGCUAUGGAUCUGCUAUAGACAAAUGUUUAGCUUUUUGUAUUCAUUCAUGUAAUUAGAUUAUAUCAUAAAGCAUUUACAUAAUGGGAGUUUAACAAUGACGUUGGUAUGUAUGUGUCUACCUUCCUGUCAAAUAUUUUUUGCACGCUGCUUUUGUGCUUGAGGACCUGUGAGGCAGAACCAGGCUGGACUCUCGUUGGAUGACUUCCAGGACUUUUGUGUCAAACUGACAAGCACCACAGAGGUCUCAGAAAUGUUUUUGGAUCUUGAACGAAGUAUUUCCUUUCUCUGAAAUCUCUAGAAGGCCAUGGUGAUAAAAAUCUGUCUGCUUACAAUUCCUAUUUAUUCAGUUUGCAGUCCCCUACACUGGUGCCUUCUGCUAACAACCUUCAGUUGCAGACAAGGCUAGAAUUGUUAAUGCUUUACAUUAGAAAAAUGAAAAUUUUCUGGCUUUUUUACAUAUCAUGAGUUAGACACUUUGUUUCUUUUCACGUACUUCCAACUUUCAUAAUAGGGCACCAUCUUCUAGGUGUAAGUUGUGGGUUCGACGUUGCUUGUGUCCGUAAGGAGUUGCCUCUACCUGUGGCUUUUGUAUUGCAUCAUGGUUUUCCAAUUUUUAAAUAAAUCGGGUUCAUCUUCAAGAGAAUUUGACGUUUCCUCUGAGCCACAGUUGCUCACGUGAGGACAUUCAUGUAACUAAGAAAGCCGUGUGAAGCUAUGGGACAGUUGUGUGAGCCUGUGCUGCUUCUGAUUAACUGUAGUUCUUACUCUGAUUUUAGUUUGGGGUAGUUUUGCAAUGCUUGUAAUUGUUGGAGUGUUGGGUGAAAAACAAUUAAAAAAGGUGAUUGCCUUCCUGUAGUUAUUGUCCUGUUGAAAGAUUAUUGUCCAAAAAAGGCAGAUGUGCUCAACAGAAAGAUGAAAUUAGGCUGUUUCUUGUGAAGCAGGUGUGUUUAAAGCCAUUUGGAUCUUUUGGAUGGUAACUCCGUUUUUAAUAUGUAGAACUGUAAUUAUUCAUUUUCUCAGCAGAUGUUUGCCAAAAUAUUCUCCUGUUCUCUUUAGCUGGUUACAAUUCCUAGCUUGUAUUUUAUGUUAAGGUUAUUUAUGUGUACCAUUGAAUGUUAUGAGCAUGCCUAUGCACAGGUAAAGGGACAUUCCUUUUCAUAAUAUUAGUUUUUAUCCUCCUUUUCCCUACCCACACUGAGCAAAUAUACAAACCAAAGGUUUUGCAAGCAAAACCUUUUGACUAAUCAGAAAUGCUUUUCUACCCCUUUUCCCAGAAGAGAGCAAUUGUUUGAAAAGAUAAGGAGGGUUCUGUCUCAACCAUGACAUGUACAGGAAGGCCACGAGAUGUAAGUGGAGAUCCCAGUCUGAGAGAAGAUUUGGGAUAAACCAGUCAAAUGUACAAAAUUGAGUAAAAACCUAUGUAUUUCUAAUGAUUCUUGGGCUAUUGAGAGUUUGGUUUAGACCUAUUCUAUAUUCCUACCCUGUCUUAUUUCCUAAUCAGUGAAAUGUGGAUUCCCUUUUUGAGCAGAGUAUUUCAGGAAGGUGGUCUUUGUCCACCCCUAUUGCUUUGUUUACAGUAGGGUGGAUGCUUGACUUAUUUUUCCUCUUAGGGGAAAUCCGCUACUCCCUUUAUUGGAAUUUACAGCCACAGAUUAAAGAACAGGUCCUCUAGCUCUUCAGACCUCCUGAGAUCCUAUAGAAUUUUUCCUGAUGAAUCCUUCCAUCUGUAAGUUUCACUAAGAUGGUUGUGUGAUGAAAGAACAAGUUGUACUUCAGAGCCUUUCCAGUCUUCCAAGAAUGAUGUGCCAGAUUUUCUGUGUAUUUCUCUCUCAAAAGAUGAAACUGCGUCAUCCAGCCACAUGUGGAUUGACUCCCUGAGCCAAGUUUUUCCUUGUAGCUAACUAAUUCCAUGAAUUAAAAAAAAAA